AUGGAGGAUUCUGUGCAGAGGGAAGGAGGAAGAGGGAGAGAAAGGAGAAGAGAGGCGAGGAGGACCGGGAAGGCCGGGCACGGCAGGGCAGGGCUGCGGAGGGCGGGCCUUGCAGGAGCGAGCACAGGGCGCACAGGUGGUGGAGGAACAGCAGUAGUGGUGGAGGUUAGAGCGGUGAGCAGGCUGGUGGUGGUGGUGGUGUGUAGGUGGGCGGGUGGGCGAUGCCCCGCUGGCCUGUGGGCGGGCGUGGCCAGCACUGCAGGCGAGGGCGUAAGAGUUGUUCUCUCUUUUGCAGAGCCCAAGACCGGCGCGGGCUGGGAGCCGCACCCGAGUCACUGUACAUGUGAGUGUUGCCGCAGCUGCGGCUUUUGUGGCAAAGUGUUUUCCACGGUCGGGAGCCGCAAGCGGCACGAGCGCGACAAACACGUGGAACCCGGGUCGUUGCCGUGCGAGCUGUGCGGGAAGUGGUGCAAGAACCGCGGUGCGCUCAUCAAGCACAAGAGCAUGUUGCACCGCCCCCUGCUGGCCGCCGACAUCCGCUACGAGGCGCACCCGGCGCUCCUGCUGGCCGCCCACCACUCGUCGCUCCACCACCACUCCUCCGCGCUCACGCCCGCGGCGCUGGCGGCCUCCGCCCCCGGGGUCGCGGCUGGCGGCCGCAGCGCCCCUUCGCCGCCGCCGCCGCCGCCGCUGACGAGCGCGUCCCUGGGCGGAGUGGCGAUGGGCGAGGCGAGGCCGGAAGCCCGCGGCGGCGAGGCGCAGCGGGCCUUCCAGCAGUUCAUGUGAC